AUGGUUAGAGACGUUUUUAAUGAACAACAACUUUCCAAUCUUAUUGGUAGCCUUGGUAUUGGACAUGUUCGUUACCCCACAGCAGGUUCAUCUUCUAUGUCCGAAGCUCAACCUUUUUAUGUCAAUUCACCUUAUGGCAUUACUUUUGCUCAUAACGGUAAUUUGACUAAUGCAAGAGAAUUGAGAGAUUUCAUGGACAAAGUAGCUCACCGACAUAUCAACACCGAUUCUGAUUCCGAAUUAUUAUUAAACAUCUUGGCCAACAACUUACAGAAGACUGGAAAAUUUAGAGUAAACGAAGAAGAUAUCUUUACAGCCAUCAAGGACUUGUAUAGUCAAUGUAGAGGAGCUUAUGCUUGUGUAGCCAUGAUUGCCGGAUUUGGUAUCAUUGGCUUUAGAGAUCCUCAUGGUAUACGUCCCCUCAUCAUGGGGCGUCGUCAGACACCUUCAGGAUAUGAUUAUAUGUUUGCUUCUGAAAGUGUUGUUUUAGAAUCUCUCGGGUUUACAGAUUUCCAAGAUGUACUACCAGGCGAGGCUAUUAUUAUUACGAGAGAAGCCAUUUCAAGACGUCGUUUAGUGAUCAAGGAAGAUAUUGCACCAUGUAUCUUUGAAUAUGUUUAUUUUGCUCGUCAAGACAGUAUCAUUGAUGGUAUUUCGGUUUACAAUGCUCGUUUAGCAAUGGGUGAAGCCUUGGCUGAUCAAGUGAAAAGGGUACUUGGUGAUCAAAUAGAUAUUGACGUAGUCAUCCCUGUACCUGAUACAAGUCGUGCUGCUGCUAUUCAAUGCUCCCGCAAACUUAACAUUGUUUAUCGUGAAGGCUUUAACAAGAAUCGAUAUGUCGGCAGAACAUUCAUUAUGCCUGGUCAACAAAUAAGACGUAAAAAUGUGCGUCGUAAAUUGAAUGCAAUGGCAUUAGAAUUCCAAGGAAAAAAUGUGUUAUUAGUAGAUGAUUCUAUUGUUAGAGGAACUACUUCAAAGGAAAUCAUUCAAAUGGCAAGAGAGGCAGGUGCUAAAAAAGUCUAUUUCGCCUCUUGUGCACCACCCAUCCGAUACCCCAACGUCUAUGGUAUUGAUAUGCCUACAAGACAUGAAUUAGUAGCCUAUGGACGCAAUGAAGAAGACAUAGCCAGAGAUAUUGGAGCAGAUAAAGUUAUCUUUGAAGAUUUGGACGCUUUGAUUGAUUCCGUACGUCGCUUUAAUACCAACAUUAAAACAUUCGAUACAUCUGUCUUUAAUGGCAAAUAUGUCACUGGUGAUGUAGAUGAGUCCUACUUUAAUUAUAUAGAAAGCUUGCGUAGCGAUAAGGUCAAGGAAGCAACUACUGAUAAUGAAAGCAUUGGUUUACAUAAUAGUUUUAAGAAAUAA